CCAGCCGGAAGAGGCGGGGCUCAGAGUGACGCCUAGGCAAGCAGCUGGACUCCAACUCCCAGAAGCCUCAGCGUCUUCUUCCGGUGGCAAGGAAACAAGCAGUGGAUUCAAACCUCAGGGAGAGAGACUCCACCUAAACAUCAGGAAGAGCUUCUUGAUGCACCCAGGACAUUGGACCCUGCAUAGGAAAGUGAUGGAGAACUUGGGCCUUGUGUCCUCUUUGGGAGAAGGAACAAGGACAUGGACAACACAAGAUGCGUCAUUUCAUGAUUGCAAUACUUUUGGCGCAGCUUCAGUGAGACUGGAUCAGGUGACCUUUGAGGAGGUGGCUGUGUUUUUCUCAGAGGAGGAGUGGGCCUUGCUGGACCCAGGGCAAUGGGCCCUGCACAGGGAAGUCAUGGAGGAGAAUCUGGGCCUUGUGUCUUCUCUGGAUGUUGAAGAGGCACUUGGUGAGAAUGAAGAGGAACCAAGCAGGAUGUUGCCCAAAAUAGCCGGUUAUCAACUGAUGUACGAGAAUGAAAGGAACCCUGAGUUUCAAGGGAAACCUGUUCUGGGUGGGAAAGUCAGAGGACUCUCGGGACAGGAAAUGACACCAAAAAUAAAGGAAAGAAAUAGAUAUAUAUGCCUUCUAUGUGGAAGAAGCUCCAGUCUGAAAGAAAGUCUUGACUGUCAUGUGAGAACUCACAGAGGGGUGAUUUCUUUCAGUGGUGGUGAGCAAGGAAAGAUCAUAAGUGUUCGGGAAGCCUCAAUUUCCCAUCAAAAAAACUACACAAGUGGGAAACCAUUUCAGUGCUUGGAAUGUGGAAAGGUCUUCAGUCUGAGGAAACUCCUCACUCGCCAUCAAGCAAUCCACAGAAGGAAGAAGCCAUUUAAAUGUUUGGAGUGUGGCAAUAGCUACAGGGACAAGUCCGAGCUCACAAUUCAUCAGAGAACUCACACAGGAGAGAAACCCUUUAAAUGCUCGGAGUGUGGAAAGAGCUUCAGCCAGAAAUCCCACUUCACUGUUCAUCAAAGAGUCCACACAGGUGGGAAUCCAUAUAAAUGCUUGGAGUGUGGGAAGAGCUUCAGGUACAAGUCAGAACUCGCUGUUCAUCAAAGAAGGCACACAGGGGAGAAACCCUUUGAAUGCUUGGAGUGUGGGAAGAGGUUCACUCACAAAUCACAUCUCCGUGGUCAUCAAAGAAUUCACACCGGGGAGAAACCCUUUAAAUGCUCCGAGUGUGGAAAGAGCUUCAGAUGGAAGAUCACUUUUAUGUGCCAUCAAAGAUGUCAUUCAGGCAAGAAGCCAUUUACUUGCACACAGUGUGGAAAGAACUUCAGGUGGAAAGUGAGUCUCAAGGGUCAUCAAAGAAGUCAUACAGGGGAAAAACUAUUUAAAUGCUUAGAAUGUGGAAAGAGUUUCAAAUGGAAGAAAAAUCUUGUGUUUCAUCAAGAACGUCAUAUAGGUAAGGAGCCAUUCAAAUGCAUGCUGUGUGGAAAGAGCUUUGCUAGGAAGACAUACCUGACCCGUCACCAAAGAAGUCAUAUAGUUGGGAAGCCAUUUCAAUGCUUGGAUUGUGGAAAGAGCUUCCGACGGAAAACAGGCUUUACUCAUCAUCAAGGAACUCCUAGCGAGGAAAAACCCUUCAAGUGUUUGGAGUGCGGAAAGAAGUUUAAUCAGAGGUCAUGCUUGACAUAUCAUCAAAGAAGCCAUGUAGAGGAGAAACCAUUUCAAUGCUUAGAGUGUGGAAAGAGUCUCAGUCGCAAGCGAAACCUUAUUAUCCAUCAAAGAUGUCAUGUAGGUGAGAAGCCAUUUAAAUGCUUAGAGUGCGGAAAGAGCUUCAGGUGGAAGACGAGUCUGAUGUUUCACCAAGAACGUCAUCUGGGUGAGAAGCCAUUUCAGUGCACGCAGUGUGGAAAGAGCUUUAGGUGGAAAGUUAGUCUUAGGUGUCAUCAAAAAAUUCAUAUCGAGGAAAAGCUAUUUAAAUGCUUGGAGUGUGGAAAGAGCUUUGGUCAGAAGUCACGCCUGAUUUGCCACCAAAGAAUCCAUACAGGGGAGAAACCAUUUCAGUGCUUAGAGUGUGAAAAGAGCUUCAUCUCGAAGAAAAGUCUGAAGGAUCAUCAAACGAGUCAUACUGGGGAGAAACCGUUUCAAUGCUUAGAGUGUGGAAAGAGUUUCAGGUGGAAGAAAAGUCUUCAACAUCAUCAAAACAGUCACACCGGGGAGAAACCAUUUAAGUGUUUAGAGUGUGGGAAGAGCUUCACCUCCAAGAAAAAUCUUAUGUGUCAUGAAGAACGUCAUUCAGGCAAGAAGCCGUUUAAAUGCAUGCAGUGCGGGAAGAGCUUCAAAUGGAAAGUAAACCUCACAGGUCAUCAAAAAAUUCAUAUGGAGGGCAAACGAUUUAAAUGCCUGGAAUGUGGAAAGAGCUUCAGUCAGAAGUCAAACUUGACUUCUCAUCAAAUUAUUCAUACAGGGGAGAAACCAUUUCAGUGCUCGGAGUGUGGAAAGAGCUUCAGAUGGAAGAGAAGUCUUACCAAUCAUCAAAGGUGUCAUGCAAGCGAAAAUCCAUUUGAAUGUGUGCAGUGUGGAAAGAGCUUUGCGAGGAAAACAUACCUGACUCGUCAUCAAAUAAGUCACAGCAAAGAGGACCUAUUUAAAUGUCCAGAGUGUGGGAAGAGCUUCACUAGGAAGGAACAUUUGACCUGUCAUCAAAGACUUCAUACAGGGGAGAACCUAUUUGAGUGCUUAGAGUGUGGAAAGAAGUUCAAUCGGAAGCAAAUCCUCAUUGUUCAUCAAAGAAUUCACAUGGAGCAGAAACCUUUUCAGUGCUUGGAGUGUGGAAAGAGGUUCAGUCAGAAGUCACACCUUGUUUAUCAUCAAAGAAGACAUGCAGGGAAGAAGCCAUCUCAGGCUUUAGACAAUAUGAGAAGAGAUUCAGUGUGUGCCAGAGAAUAAAUAAUAUAACUUUUUUAUAUUCUGCUCUAUCUCCCCGAGGGGACUCGGGGUGGAUUACAGAAUACAUAUACGGCAAACAUUCAAUGCCAUUUUACAAUUAACAGGACAGACAAUACAUAAGCAGAAGUUUAUUUUCAGGUCCCAAUUCAAGGUGCAGGUUCUUACCUACAAAGCCCUGAACGGUUUGGUGCCCGCCUACCUUCGUGACCACAUUUUCUUUUAUGAUCCCACACAAUCCCUUUGAUCUUCUGAAGAGGCCCUUCUCUCACUCCUGCCCCCAUUGCAAGUGCGACUUGUGGGGACAAGGGAGAUGGCCUUCCCUGUGGUGGCCCCUCAGCUCUGGAAGUCGCUCCCCAGAGAAAUCAGGCAAGCCCCCGCCUUGGCAGUCUGUAGGAAGAGUCUGAAAACUUGGCUAUUCUAGUGUGCCUUCAAUGAAUGAACAAUAAUCCCUGACCUUGACCAAACCCUACAUAAAAUGCCCUCGGAAGCAAUUUAUCCCAUCUUCUAGUGCAAUUAAACCUCAUUUUCAUCCCUCUCAUCCUCUAUUGAUACAUUACAUGGCCUGCUCACCCAGUAUAUUUAUUUAUUUAUUUAUUUGCUUACUAUAUUUGUAUCCCACCCCUCUCAGCCCGCAGGUGACUCAGGGCAGUUAACAGAGGCAACAGAUUAAAAGUUUUUAAACUUUCAAUCUUUGCAACUUGCCCUGCCCAGUGCGAUUUUAUUUUUUUGUGAUUCAAAUACUGUGGUCUUAUAUUGUUUGGUGUGUUCAUU